AUGCAAAUUUUUUUUGUUGGGGAAGGAUUUCUUGGUAUCCAUGUGUUGUGGUCCGGUUUCAAUCUUUUCUUGGUGAAUGUGUAUUCCUCUUGUUUUAUUGAGAAGAAGAAGGCUUUUUGGGGGAGGCUUGUAGAGUUUAAAGCAAAAUUUCCAGAUGGGUUGUGGUGUGUUGGUGGUGAUUUUAAUACUGUCCGGGUUAAAGUGGAGAGGAAGGGUAUAUCGAAUAAUUUUAAUCUAAAAGAGGCGGAGGACUUUGAGGAUUUUAUUAGCUCGAUGGAUCUUGUGGAUGUUCCGUUGAUUAACAAGAAGUUUACCUGGUUUAAUUUGGAUGGGAGCGCUUGUAGUAGGUUGGAUAGAUUCCUCAUUUCUGAAAAAUUAUUUGACCUGUGGGGUGUGGGAGGGAUUGUGGUGGGGGAUAGGUCUAUUUCAGACCAUUGUCCUAUUUGGUUAAAUUGCAAGAUUGUGGAUUGGGGUCCAAAACCUUUUAAGUUUUUUAAAGGGUGGUGUGAGCAUGAUGAGUUCACUCCUUUGGUGAGGGAUGUUUGGAAGAAUACUUUUAGGGGAGGGAAGGCGAGUUAUAUUUUGAAAGAAAAAUUGUUGGCGGUGAAAAUAAAAUUGAAGAGUUGGAAUAAAGAAGUCUUCGGGAUGCUUGAUUUGAAUGUGGAUAAAGCGGUGGGUGAGCUUAAUUCGUUGGAUUUGAUGGUGGCGGAUUUAGCGGAGGAUGGUUUGGUUGAUUCGGUGAGGAGAAAUAGAGAGGUGGCUUCGAAAGAGGUGUGGGAUACUAUGUUUUUACGAGAUAACUUUUUGCGGCAAAAAGCUAGGUGUAAUUGGAUUCGGCUUGGGGAUACUAAUUCCAAAUUUUUUCACUCCGUUAUGAAAGGGAGAUUUAGGAGGAAUAAUAUUGCUUCUUUGAUUACUCCAAGAGGGCGAUUGGAAGGUGUGGAGGAUAUUAAAAGUGAGAUAUUUAAUCAUUUUAAAAGCCGCUUUACGGAACCGAUGGAGAAUAGGCCGACCUUGGAUGGGCUUAAUUUUAAUGUUCUUAGUGUGGAAGAUAGAGAUUUGUUGGAAGCUCCAUUUCAAGUGGAUGAAAUUAAAGAGAUUGUGUGGUUAAGUGAUUGUGAUAAGAGUCCGGGACCGGACGGUUUUCCGCUUGGUUUUUUGAAAAAAUGUUGGAAUUUUGUGAAGGAUGACGUGGUGAAUUUCGUUCAAGAGUUCUAUGUGCGUGGUGUUCUUCCCCGAUCCGCGACGGCUUCUUUUCUUGCUCUUAUUCCUAAAGUUGAUUGCCCGAUAAGCAUUGAUGAGUAUCUUCCUAUUUGUUUAGUGGGUUGCUUAUAUCGGUUAAUUUCAAAAAUUCUUGCGGCAAGAUUGAGAUUGGUGAUUGGUAAACUUGUGUCGCCUUUUCAAACGGCUUUCAUUGAAGGGAGACAAUUAUUUGAUGGGGUGGUGGUGCUUAAUGAGAUAUUAGACUUUGCGAAAAGGAAGCGUAGGAAAUGUAUGGUGUUGAAGGUUGAUUUUGAGAAAGCCUAUGAUUGUGUUUCAUGGGGUUUUCUUAAAUUUAUGCUUAGAAAAAUGGGUUUUGGUGAGUUAUGGAUGAAGUGGAUGGAAGGGACGGUUUUUUCUAGCUCGGUAUCAAUUUUAGUUAAUGGGAGCCCAACUUUGGAAUUUAAAACUUCUAGAGGGUUGCGUCAAGGAGAUCCCCUCUCUCCUUUUCUUUUUCUUUUGGUGGGAGAAGGUCUUGCGGGUAUGAUGAGGAAAGCGGUUAUGUUGGGAUUAUUCAAUGGUUUUGCGGUUUCGGAGGAUAUUCAUUUUGAGAUGCUCCAAUUUGCAGAUGAUACGGUUUUAGUGUGUGAUGGAUCUAAGGAAAAUUUAUGGUGUAUUAAGACCUUAUUGAGGGGUUUUGAAUUGGUGCCGGGGUUGUGUAUUAAUCUGAAGAAAAGCAAGCUGUAUGGUGUGCAUGUGGAGGAUUUUAUUUUGGAAUCGGCGUCUUCUUUUCUAGCUUGUAAAUUGGAAAAGAUACCUUUUACUUUUCUCGGUAUUCCAAUUGGAGGUAAUCAUAGACGCAGAAUUUUUUGGUCUAUGAUGAUGGCAAAGUUGAAGAAGAGAUUGAGUGGUUGGCGGGGGAAACAUCUUUCUCUUGGAGGUAAGGUUACUUUACUCAAUUCGGUGUUAAACAAUGUGCCUAUCUUUUUACUUUCUUUCUUUAAGGCUCCUAAGUGUGUUUUGGAGGAAAUUAUCAAAAUCCAAAGGAAUUUUUUAUGGGGGGAUGGUGGUGGAAGUAGAAAAAUGUGUUGGGUUAGUUGGGAUAAAAUUUGUCUUAGAACGGAGGAAGGUGGCUUAGGUGUUAAGAAUGUGGAGUGGUUUAAUUUGGCUUUGAUGAGUAAAUGGGGUUGGCGUUUUCUUAAUGAUAAGCAUGCGAUUUGGUUUAAAUUACUCCAAUUUAGAUAUGGUAGUGGUUUGCAAUCUCUUGGUGAUGUGGUAUCGAAGUCGACUCUUUCUAAUUAUUCCCUUUGGUGGAGAGAUAUUCGGUUGGUUUGUGGAACUCCUCUUGGUGGGCAUGAUUGGUUUGGUGAUUCAAUUUCUUGUAAAUUGGGAAGAGGCAAUUCUAUUCUUUUUUGGAAGCAUUGUUGGUUGGGAAAUAGUUCUCUUAAGCUUCUUUUUCCUCGUUUAUUUGAGGUUUGCUCUUUUCCUAAUGCUCUUGUGAUUAAUUGUGGUUUAUGGGAGAAUGGGGGGUGGAGUUGGAAGGUGGGUGUUGAUUCAACCUUAUUAGUAGGUGAAUUAUUGGAGGAUUGGAAGGAGUUAAUAGAGAUUCUUAAGGAUGUGAAACCGUGUACGAAUGGGGUUGAUAAAUUAAUUUGGUGGAGAGAUGUGGGGGGCUUUUCGGUUAGGAAUGCUUUUAAACGCUUGUAUACAUUGAAUAUGGCUAUUUCUAAUGGUAGUGAUUUUAGAUUUUGUGAACUUAAAAGAUUAUGGAAAGCUACUAUUCCGUGGAAAGUCAAGUUGUUUGGGUGGAGAUGGAUCUUGGGAGCCUUACCGACGAGAAAAGAACUUUGGCAUAGAGGUGUGAUUUUAGGGGUGGAAGCUUCUCUUUGUCCCUUAUGUGAUUUAGAAGAGGAAUUUGUUGGUCACCUUUUUCUGAAGUGUGGUAAAGUUAAAUUUAUAUGGAAGGAAGUGUUCUCGUGGUUUGGCUUGGAUUUUGAUGUUCUAUUGGGAAGCUCGGAUAUUGAUACUAUUGUUACCGGAGAAGAUGUGCUUUUAUUUCUAUUAAAUUCUUUGGAUGGUAGAGUGAAGUCAUCUUUUUUCGCUUUUAUUUGGCCUUUGGUUUGUUGGAGCAUUUGGAAUGCUAGAAAUAGUUUGGUCUUUGAACACUCUAAUUGGAAUGUGGUGGAGAUUUUAUUGCUUAUUAAAUCAAUUGGGUGGGAUUGGAUUUCUAUUUUGUCUAAGGGGAAUAUAGAUAUUUCUAGAGAUUUGUGGUUUGCUAAUCCUGCUAAUUAUAUUAAAAAAAUAACAAACUCUUUCAAAAACAAAUUAGGCCAAGGAGGGUAUGGAAGUGUAUACAAAGGGAAAUUACACGAUGAGCGUGAUGUUGCAGUGAAGAUUUUAAGUGAAUCAAAAGGUGAUGGUGAAGAUUUCAUUAAUGAAGUUGCAAGUAUAAGUAGAACAUCACAUGUCAAUGUUGUUAGACUUUUGGGAUUCUGUUUGGAUGGUUCUAAAAAGGCGCUGAUAUAUGAAUACAUGUCUAAUGGAUCUCUUGAAAAGUUCAUAUACGAAGAGAAAAAUCCACUGCAGGAUGAUCGUCAAUUGGAUUGCAAAACUUUGUAUCAUAUUGCAGUUGGUGUUGCUCGUGGAUUAGAGUACUUGCACAGAGGCUGCAACACUAGAAUCUUGCAUUUUGACAUAAAACCUCAUAAUAUAUUACUAGAUGAGGAUUUCUGUCCAAAAAUUUCCGAUUUUGGACUUGCUAAAAUAUGUCCAAAAAAAGAAAGCAUUGUAUCCAUAUUUGGUGCGAGGGGAACACCAGGAUAUAUUGCUCCAGAGUUGUUUUCCAGAAAUUUUGGUGGCGUAUCACAUAAAUCAGAUGUCUACAGUUACGGAAUGAUGGUUUUAGAGAUGGUUGGUCGAAGAAAGAAUAUUAAGGUUGAAGUUGAUUGUUCUAGCGAGCUAUACUUUCCACAUUGGAUUUACAAGCGUCUUGAAUUGAAUCAGGAUCUUGGACUAAAUUGUAUCAAAAAUGAAAUUGAUGAAGAAAUGGUAAGAAAAAUGACAGUGGUGAGUUUAUGGUGCAUACAAACGAAUCCUUCGAAUCGACCAUCGAUGCAUAAAGUGGUGGAAAUGUUGGAAGGGAGCCUUCAAGUGCUGGAAAUACCACCCAAACCCUUUUUGUCUUCUCCUUCAACAUCUCCAACCCAUUUAUCAUCUGAUAUAUUGUAAUUUGUUUGGAUAUUAAGAUGCAAUGCGCAGUAUGUGUAACACUAAAAAAGAAUGUCAUGAUAAUUCACAUAUGAAUAAAAUGUUAUCUAAUGUGUUGAUUUUCUAGUUC